UAUGAAGCGGUGAGAGGAGAUGGAGGAGAAGAAAAAGCUGUUUGAGGCAGAGUUCGGGUCGGUCGUCUAUGGCGGUGAGUCUCCGGUGGCCGUUUCUCGGUGAGGCCAAAUCUCGUUUCCGUAUCUGACGGCGAUUUUCUGUUUUCUGAGAGUCUUUUAUGCCGGCGAUUGGAUCUUCCGGUUGCCGGCGAUUGAGGGGGGAGUUGGGCAGUAUAGGUUGAUGUGAUGGUUUGACCUUAGUUUCAUUGUUUAUGGUUCUACACAGAGAAAGAGAGAGAGAGCUGAAUUUUUGCAAUUUUUGGUUAAUUAUUAACGAGAAGGAAGGAGAAACGAGGGAAGACAAAUUGGUUUAGCUUUUGCGGUGGUCUUUGAUUUUGUAGCGAGAAUGAAUGGGCAUAGCUCAGUGAAUCGGAAUGGGAAUGGAGGAGGAUUCAGUAACGUGGAAUGGGAGCUCAUUCGGAGGUACCACAGGAACGAGCCAGCUGAGAAUCAGUGCACCUCUCGGCUCGUCAAGCGGAUUAAAGCUCCUGUUCAUCUUGUAUGGUCUCUGGUAAGGAGGUUUGAUCAACCACAAAGAUACAAACCCUUUGUUAGCAGAUGUGUUGUGAAGGGAAACCUUGAGAUAGGGACCCUCAGAGAAGUUGAUGUGAAGUCGGGGCUUCCUGCCACAACAAGUACAGAGAGAUUGGAACUUCUUGAUGAUGAUAGACACAUCCUUAGCAUCAAAAUCGUUGGCGGAGAUCACAGACUCAAGAAUUACUCUUCAAUCAUAUCCCUGCAUCCAGAAAUCAUUGAUGGAAGACCAGGGACUCUGGUAAUUGAAUCAUUUGUGGUGGAUGUGCCUGAAGGAAACACAAAGGAUGAGACUUGCUACUUUGUGGAAGCCUUGAUCAAAUGCAAUCUCAAGUCACUUGCUGAUGUUUCGGAGCGGCUUGCAGUGCAAGAUCGCACUGAGCCUCUUGAUAGGAUCUAAGAAAUGGGAAUAGUAACCGUGUGAUGCAUGCAAGGGCUUGCCAUGAAUGAAGCUUCCUAGGCUCUCAUAUCUUGGAGGCUUUGGAGAUGGACUGGCAAGAGGGGGUAUAUUGUACACACAUUAGCACCAUCUUGUAUCGGUUGAUAUUAUUUUCGUUUUUAUUUAAGUUCUGCAAGUCUUAUCUAGUACCUGGAGCACCGAGGGUCUUGUAAGGUUUGAGAAACUCUUUGAAGAAUUGAGCUACUUAGAGAGAGAGAGAGAGAGAGAGAUAGAGCAGAGAGGGACAGAGAGAGGGGGAAAUCUACAUUCCUUCAUCUGAUUUCCAGGGUUUUGUCCAUGGUGAUGUAUGCUUAUUUUGCUGUGUAUAUUUGUGAUAGCAAUGAAUGGUUUCUGUAUAUUCGCUUCCCUCUCUGUUUCAGUUUUACAAGCAACAGUUAGUUGAAAUCUGAUGAGAGGCUAUGUUAACUUGAGGUAAUGUAAUGCUAUUUCUUGGUGGUGUUCUGUGUUGUUUC